CAAUGGCAACAGAAAUCGAGUUCCUUCGAGAUCAAGUGUGCAGGCUCAAUACAGCAUUGAGUCGCUAUCAGGAGCAACAUCAUUUUCCCUCCACUCUCACACAGGGAGAAGAGAGAGAGUCGGAAUCUCCCGUGCCUUGGCUUUCAGACAGAGACGUCAUGGCGCCAUUGAUAGCCGAGUACGAUCGACACAUUGCUCAAAUGGAAACACAGCUCAAACAUUACCAGAGGCAGAUGUCAGACGUCAAAGCGAACCUUGAGCAGGUCGUGAGGGAAAAUGAACGUCUGCAUGCGGAGCAGAGGAUGUCCAUUGAGAGACAGCUGCAGUCCUUACCUGCCGGACCGGAGGGAGAAGCCACAACUGACGCCGUCACAGUCAAGAAUCUGGAGGAGCAGCUCAAAUGUUCCGUGGAGGAGAAGGAGCAGGCGCUGCAGAUGUGGCAGACGGCUGCGGAGGAGCUGGAGCGGCUGCAGAAACUCUACCAGAGCACGAUGAGUGACGGACAGAUCCACGCCACAGAACGCCAGCACAUGCAGAAUCAGCUGGCCCAGGUCCAACAGCACGCUCAGAACCUUCAGGCGGCCAAUAAGAAGCUUGAAUUGACGAAUCAGCAGUUUGUCAGGACGGUGACGGAGCAAAGCGCUGAGCUGGAGGAGCUGCGGGGUCAGCUCAGGCAGACCAAGCUGGACUUGAGAACUGCUACAGCCAAAGUAGAGGAGAUGACCAGACUGAUGCAGAACAUGCAGGAUCAGAUGCAGAAGAGAGAGGAUGAUGCAGCAGAGGCUCAUGGGAGAGAGGAAGCGUCCGAUCGCAGACUUCAGCAGUUACAGACAGCGCUGAGUCAGCUGGAGAGCAGGCUGAAGGCAGCGACCCAGGAGGCGGAGGCCGCGCGUAGGGAGAGGACGGUGUGGGAGAGACAGGUGGGGGAGCUCCAGAAUCGCUGCGCCUCCCUGGAGGAGGACAAGUACGAGGCUUACACCAGAGCGCGAGAGUCCAUCCAGCUGGCCGAGGAGGCGGCGCUCCAGAGGGAGCAGGUUCAGUUGAGGGAGAAGCAGAGAGCUGAGGAGGUGGAAAAAAUGAAGGAGGCCAUGAAGCAGCUAGUCCAGGAUGCCGCUCAACGCACCAGAAAAGAGGUGGAGCUGGUGCGGAAGCAGUGUAACGCCCAGAUCCAUCGGCUGGCGGAGGAGCUGUCUGCACUGCAGCUGGAAUGUGCUGAUAAAGAGUGUCAGAUUGAGAGGUCUCACAGAGAGAGGAAAGCUGUGGAGGAGGAGCUGGAGAAGGUGUACAGGGAGGGGCGGUACGGUGAACCAGAGCUGAGGAAGAUGGAGGCUCUACAUCAGAGGUGUCUGAACGCAGAGAGACUGAAAGACGACAUGCACAUCACUCUACAGAGCACCCAGGCCAAGAUGAAAAAGAUGGAGAUGGAGUAUUCAGAGGAACUGUCACGCUGUCAGGAGGAGGUGCGGAGGUUGCAGGGGACCGUAGUGAGCGUGAGAGAAGACUGCAUCAGCGUGAGCGAGGAGAGACUCCAGCUCCAGCAGGAGAACAAGCAACUCCGCAAAGACAUGGAGGAGCUCCGCAAAGCCAGCACGCUCGCCCAGAGGAAAGCCAAACAACAGGUUAGCCACAUGGAGCAGGAGUUCUCUCUGAAGGAGCAGGGUUUGGACGCCAGGCUGCGAGAGCUGGAGGAGAGCAAGAGGAGCUCCAGCGCCGACCUGACACGACUCCUCCUGGCCCAGCAGAAAAGCACCAAACGCUGGAAAGAAGAGGCCAGCAAACUGGCCCAGGCCUUUGAACACAAAGUCAGCAGCCUCAGGUCCGAGCUGAGCCGCCAGAAACAGCGUUCCCAGGAGCUGGAGAUCCAGCUAGAGGCAGAUCACGAGAAACUCCUGGAGUACGAACGUCUGAUGUCGGAGUAUCAGGAGAAGAAUGGACGACUACAGAGGCGUCUGACUCAGGCAGAGCAGAGGGCGUCCAGUGCCUCACAACAGCUCAGCAUCAUCACUCAGAGAAGAAAAGCAGCGUCGCUGAUGGACCUGGAAAGCAUGUGA